AUGGCAGCUGCUUCAGAGGAGCAACCAGAAACAAGAGGCAUCGCAAAGAAAAAUUGGAAAAUCGAUUCAUUCCAAGCAGAUGACAACAAAGGCGGCGUAUUCACCGAAAAAUCUUCUUUUGCAACCCUUUUCCCAAAAUACAGAGAAAAGUACUUGAGGGAGGUUUGGAGCGCCGUAACCAAAGUUCUAGACGCCCAUGGCAUCGCAUGCACACUGGACCUAGUUCACGGAUCCAUGUCCGUCCGGACAACACAUAAAACAUUCGAUCCAUACAUCAUCCUCAAAGCAAGAGACCUCAUCAAACUACUCGCAAGAGGGGUUGCGAUCACGCAGGCUCAGAAGGUAUUACAGGACGACGUGGCUUGCGAUAUCAUCAAAAUUGGGAAUCUGGUGCGUAAUAAGGACCGGUUUGUGAAGCGGAGACAGCGGAUUAUUGGACCGGAUGGUAGCACACUGAAGGCUAUUGAGCUAUUGACUCAGUGCUAUAUUCUCGUACAAGGGAAUACCGUCGUGAUGGUCCCACGAAUAGUCCUUGAUUGCAUGAAAAACAUUCAUUCCAUCUACCGCAUCAAGGAACUCAUGAUAAGAAGGGAACUCGCAAAAGAUCCCAAAUUAGCAACAAAGUCCUGGGACUGGUUCCUCCCCACAAGAACUGAGAAAGUCGCUGCUAAGGAAGAAGCGCGCAAGGCUUCAGGCCUUGAUGCAUCGAGUUUCGACAAAAAGGAGAAACCAGCGAAGAAAGUGUACACGCCCUUUCCCCCGCCACAGCAACCACGGAAGCUCGAGUCGGGAGAGUAUUUCCUCAAGCCCCAUGAACGGGAGGCCUGGGAAGUUCAACAAAGAAAACAAAAGCAAGCCGAAGCAGCCCUCAAACGACGAGCAGAACGGGCAGAAGUAUGCGUCGCUCCCACAGAAGAGGCGGCCCCUACAGUUGAAGAAAAACGAAAGCGACGGCACACAGAAAUGGAUGCCAAGGAUGGGACGGCAAGGUCGAAAAAGAAGAGAAAGGACAUUGCUGCAUAG